GAACAUCUCUCUUUUACGAACUACCGGUACGAAGAUAGUGGUGCCUUGUCUUUCUAGGUAUUCACUUUCCUCGUCUUGUACCAUUGGUUCGGAAGACGAGCAGAGAUAUGUUCAAUUCUGGUCUGAAAUUUCCUGCACUCUUCGCAUCGCGGGACAGUUGGAGAUGCUGACGAGCAAGCAGCGAAUGGUCGACGAUAAUUUCGGCGCUGAUAAGACAGCGUGGCAGGCUGUCGACGGUCCACUCACCCAUCUUCUCCCUGGCGAGCCGCGUGGUCGCAAGGCACUGGCUGAUGCCAGGACCGCCAAUACCAGAAUUCCAACCAAAUCUCAGAAAUGAGGAAAAUCAUCCAGUGGUUGUGCAAUGUCCGGUGGUCAUGCCGUCCAUGGCCAGGGUAAUGGAGGAACUCUCUGGCUGAAGACAACAACGCAACGUUAUCCCGAAAUCCAUGUCCUCGAGAGCGACGGGCCGCAACACCCGGUUAUGUACCGGGCUAGGCCCGGUGCUCGGCUGGUCUGCAAUGCGUCGAAAGAACAAAAGAAACAGCCGCGUCUUCAUGCUGUGCCCUGCACAACUGCCGCGUUUGCUGCGUCGGAAGAUGGGGUACAUAACGCCGCACAUGGAGGCAAAACGUGGGUGAAGCGGCGCAGUAGAGGGGGCCCGACAGUGGCGCAGCACGCCCUCGAAGAUUUACGGAUAUGCAGCCAUGUCAUGCUCAACGGGAAGAUCGAGGGCCGCAGGCUAUGCAUGACACUUGAGCCUCAUAUUUCCCAGGUUCUAGUCGAACCACACCAGCCUCGACAACUUCAGCACGGCAGCUCAGCCUCUCGCUCAUGGCAAGGGAGAUUCACAAUGCUAUGUACGGAGUACAGCUUCAAACAAGUCGCGACGCCAAGGAGAAAUAUGCGGCGCAGCGAAUGGAUUUCGGUCCCAUAUAACAUCCCGAGGAUGGACUGUGUAACCUACGAACACUACGUUAGGAGUGAGCGUACUCUCUAAGCUCGUGGACACAAACACAGCUGUGCCGCAAUGAGAGGGUGAGCUUCUGAUAUAUGCCAUUGCUUCACCGCCGCUUGGAAAAUGGCGCGCCCAGCCGCCCAAACCUCUUCUGAUGAGAUGACUUGAUAAAACGCUGUGGCUUCGAUGUGCUCCAGACAAGCCGAGAUACGCUGCAGAGGUGAUCAGAUUGUAACCUUCUCUCCUGAUGAAUGGGCGGUCCAGACAACUCGCAGCUAUCUCUUGUAUUUCGCCAGGGGUAUUGGUACCGGGCGACCCUUCUAAUAAAUGCCGUGGUCAAGACCAAGCACUCCGAUCACCGUCCUUUGGCUAGGGAGCUGACUGGAGUGGACAGAUGACGGAGUUGGAGCUUCUCAGAAGCAUGAGCAUCAUGUC